GAAAUCGAAGACGAUGACGACGAUCAACAAAAUUUUAAUAAUAAUGAUUAUCAUGAUAGAGGGAUUGGUGAGUUGGAUGAAAUUGAUGAGUUAGAUGAAGAAGAGAUUGAUGAUGAAAUAAUUAAUAAUAGUUCCAUCAUACUUGUAAACAAAAAAUCAGCCACAAAUAAUGACGAUCAUAUAAAUAAAAGGAAACUCAAUAGUCGUAUAAAUUCAAGAUAUUCAACAACGACGACAUUGACAACACAAAGAAUUGCUAUUAAUUACGCAAAAUAUUUACAAGAAUUUGAUAAUUAUCCAAUUGAAAAUUAUGUUAGGUCAUGGUUAACAUCAUUAUCGUCAAAUCAUAAUGAUUUAAAUUUCUAUAAAAGAUUUUUUAUAAUAAAUCAAUAUCUUUCAAAGAUGUUGAUAAAAACAGCAGAAAAUUUACAAAUUUUGAAAAUUAGUCCCGAUUAUAACAAUUACGAAGACUUUACCAACAACAUCAACAAUAAAUCUAAUGCUAAUUAUAGUUCACAUAGUUAUAAUAAUUUUGCUACUAAUUAUAAUAAUCAUUUAGUCGAUUUCUCAUUAACAAAUGGCGCAAAAUACUCCUUCGGAAUUGAAAAAGUAACUUUAAAAAUCAGAUAUUAUAAAGAAGAAUUAAUUAGACCCAAGAUUGGUAUGGUUGACUUGGUCGCUUUAUUGAAAUUAUUAAAUAAUUGUAGGAAACUGAAGACUUUGGAAUUUGAUGGAUACUUUGAUCCAAAUAAAUUAUUAUCUGUUAACAAUAAUAUCAACAAUAUCAUCAAUAACGUUGAUGUCAAUAAUGGAAACUAUCAAUUUAAUUUCGAAAAAUUAAUUUUCAUGUCGGAUAUUUCAAGUCAAAAUCCAUUCAGUUCAACUAGAACAUAUAUUUUAUCAAGGUUAUUAAAAUGUGUUAAUAAAAAAUUAAAACAUCUUUAUUUAAGUGGCAUAACACAAGAAAUAUUAGAUGUGAUCUCGGAACAUAACACCGAAUUAGUGACAUUACACCUGAAAUUGAUUGAUUUAAAUAAUGUAACAUUGAAAAAAAUAUUAACGUCAACAUCAAAAACAUUGAAAGAAUUAUUUUUAGGUGACACACAUUUUGAUUUAUCAUAUAUUGAAUCAUUGAAUAAUAAUGAAAAAUUUAUUGUCGAGUUGGCUAGAUCUAUACCUGAAAAUGUUGAAACGUUGGGAAUAAAUUUUUGGAUGGAUACAAAAUACGUGAAAUUAUUUUUAUCGAAUUUAUCAAAUUUAUCAAAUUUACGGAAAAUAAUUUUAUGUAGAAAUAUCAUGAUCAAGGAUGAAGUAUUAAUUGAAAUUAAAGAUUUUAUUAAAGGGCAGAAGGAGCUGAGGGAAAAGAAAGGGGGAGAAGAAUUGUUGAUAAAUUUAAAAAAAUUAUAUUAUUUACCGGAGGAAUGGAUUAGAUUUAAUCAAAAAUUUAUUGGCUUUAGUCAAUCAGAAAUUGAAAAGGCUAAAGAAUUUAUUCCUAUAAUCAAGGAGUUUAAUCAAAGAAUUUAG